AUGGCUGCACCCCCGCCAGAUAGCUCUUACACCCCACCAGACACGCCCGUAAACGAAGCACCUUUCGAUAACGACUCUAUGGAGGAUCUCGAUCCUCAGGCGACCCGCAAGCGCCCGCGUCUUGACAGCGGAAGUGGCGUGAGCCCGACCCUGUCAAUGGAUGGAACCUCCCGUACGGCCUCCGUUGCACCUGCCUCGGACAUGGACGAGGCUUCAGACUUCGAGCGUCCUGCUAGCAAAGUCACACUCAACAUGAAAUCCCCUAUUCCCUCAAACUCUGCUCCCUCGGAGCCCAACAUUCCAGAGAACGACCGGGAGGUCCAGGCAGACACCGAUAUGGCCCCCAACGUUAUUUGUCUCUCAUCCUCCCCUUCCACGCCCCGAAGUCCUCAAAUCGAAGUCGCCGAACCCGAAGAUAUCGAUCAAGAAUCUUCAACCAGUACCUGGAGACCACUGGACAAAGUAUUGCAGGACCAGAACGAGCCCGAGGUGAUCGAGAUUGAAGACACUAUUCACUUCGCCGACACCUUCCCCAAACUUGACGAUGAGUUGCGACACCGCGAGAACCUCAAAGCUAUCAGUGACAUGAUCGAAACUGGUAAGAAGAACAUCACCCAAUGGGAAGGUAGUAUUCGUCGAAUACUAACCCACAUCACAGGUCACCAACGUGAAAGCGUGGUACUUGCCACAGUGCAGCGCUGGAUGAAUACAUGUGUGAAAAAGCUUGAUCGACUUACACUUGAGGAGUUUACCUCGGACCUAGAAUUUUGGGAAAACCUGCCCUUGAUCGUGGAACGUCUACUACGCAGACAGAUCGACCUGCAUUUAGAUGGUGUGGAAGACCUCUGGUCGUUCUUGGAAGACUUCUUUCUUAACUAUUCUCGCAUUGUCCUUCACCUUGUCCGAUUGGAUAGUGCGGUUCUCAGCCGAUUUACCGGAGACGCCAAUAUCGAUCCCCCACUUAGCACCUCCCGACGCUAUCUUCAGACCUUCUCUUGGGUAUUCAACAGCCCCAAUACCCCCUUUUAUGUUGCGCUACAUAGCCGGUAUCGUGCUCAGACUCUUGGUUUCAUUGCUCGCCUUAAGGAUCAGGUCACAUCGCUUCCAUUUGAUGCGCCUGGCGCUCUUAUGCAGUAUGCUUCCCAUGUGCUCGCCUUAGUUCCCAAAUGUCCACAGGUUUUUACAAUCUUGCCCUUCGUCGUGUCAAAUUCUGUUGUUUUCUACGAGUGUGACCAGGGACUUUCCAGUUCCCCGGCCGAUUCGGCCAGUCUGCAAUCUUUCUACGAGACUGCCCGAGCUUUCGACAAAGUGUAUCAGACAUUUGUGACGAAGAAAUCACAACUGGUGACCAGUGACAUGAAUCUCAAUGUGCUGAGCUCCCUUUCUCGCGCCUACAGUCUUCUUUGCAGCGCGGAUCCCGACUUCAUGCUCCAGCUCGCCAAAGAGUUGGCAAUGAAGCUCCCCGAAGACACAGAUCCAGAGCAAACCAGAAUGUGCGUUGUCUGGACCUGGAAGUUCGAUGCCUUGAAAAGGCAGGCAAUGGAGGGUCGGAUGGAACUUCGUGUAAACGGCGUGGAAACAAUGCAAUCCGAUCUCGUCAGCUUCUGGAGCAACCAUGUCUCCCAUCAUAACAAUGCCCCGUUCGUGCAGCACAUGGUCCAAUUCCUGCGCGAAAACAAGAUCCUCGAAUAUCUAAUGAGUGUCGACUCCCAUCCCCAAUUAAUAGGUCGCAGCAGCAACAUCUUUGGGUUCUUGAUCGUGACCGGCACCUACGACGACUACAUCACAGAUGUCAUAUGGAAAGCUAUUACGGAUAGUCAAGAUGAUCGGACCGUCUCGGAGAUCGUGGCUAUGCUUGCACGCACCUUGCCAAUGCACACAUCCAGGUCGAAAGCUUUGCUGUAUGUGUGCUCAAAGUUGCUCGAGUUCCCGCUGGAACGGUAUGAUGCUCAGAUCAUCGAUCUAUGUGAACAACUGGUGCCUCGCAUGCAAGAAAUGUACUAUGAUCGAGAUUAUGGUGUCAUGACAAAUGGCGAUCAUGUGGAUGCCAUUCCACUGAAGCUCUGUGUACGACUAAUCCGCGAGAGCGCUGGAGCCGAGGACCUCCCAGUCGAAAAGAAAGAGAUCAUGCAAGAAUUCGGCAGCCGACAGCUGGUCCAGUUCAUCAAAGCUGGAUUGAGCCCAAGCGACAAAGCAGAGACCUAUGAGCGUUGUAUCCAAGACAUCGCCGAGAUGAACGCGUGCACUGCGGGUAGCAUUCAAGUGCUGAAUGCCCUGGUGUCUCGCGAUGAUACUGAGCUCUGGAAACUUGCGCAUGACCUUGACCUGACACGCUUGGUGAUCACGGAACUUCACCAUCUCGUUGAUCAAGGUCAUGAAUCGUCUAAGGACCUUUCUUUGCAGCAUGGGUUUGCGUCACGAGUGGAACUCUUGCGCCGCCUCAUCCAAUUCGCACCGGACACCAUCACGCCGGAGCUUGGUAACAUAGUGUGGAAACAGAUCCUGAUGUCUGACAAGCUGGCCCACGAAGAACGCCAAAUCAUUUGGAAAAUGGCGGAAGCCACGCUUCAUACCGCGAAGCUCAAUCCAUUCAUUGAGCGUUGCAUCCAUGAGUAUCUACCGGAAGUGCUUCCAAAGUACUACUCGCGUGAGGUGCUUUGCUUUGCUCAGCAAACAGUGUUCUAUGAUAUUCGCAUCAAAGCACCUCCUAUUGUCGGCGAAGAUGAGGUAAUUUCUGUUCCUGGGAUGGAUCGUAUUUGGAACUUCAUCUUGACUGCCCCCCCGCAUACAAUCGAGACCGACGCUAUCAAGUUUGCCAUCGACCUCUACUUGGACCACGCGAUCAUCAGCAGAGCCCCCGAUCGGCUAUUGAUGCUACCCAUGUUGCUCUUGUUGGUCGUUGUGUGGACCAGUUAA